AUGGAAUCUAGCGCUACAAUACCCACAAGGUCUGACCAAGCCGCCAUUGGAAAGGAAGUUAUGCUUAAACAUUUUCUGUGGAAAUCAUUGGGAGGGGCUCUACAAUCUCGUCAUAUACCAAUUGAUGGUACCUGCAGUUCAUGCGAAGAAAGUAUAGAAACAAUUUGUCAUGCUCUAUUUGAAUGCAGGGUGGCCAAAAAUGUAUGGCGUUUGUCAGGAUUUCCAUUGCCAGCCUCAGGGUUCUCCCCAACCUCAGUAUUCUUAAAUGUGCAUCACCUUCUCACAGCUAGUAAGAAAUCUGAUACUGCCAUUGGAAUCAGGUUGGCCUUUCCAUGGAUUUUAUGGCAUCUCUGGAAAUCUCGCAAUUCUCUUGUCUUUGAACAGACACGUUCAACCCCUGAAGAGAUUGUCUCCAAGGCUCUAGAUGAGGUUGAUGGCUGGUUACGUACCAAAGAUUUGCUCAUCAACCCCUCGGCGGAUAUAACUUUACAUAGAAAAUGGGUAAAACCUCCAUUGAACACUCUUAAAUGCAAUAUCGGGGUCUCCUGGAUCUUGCCGAACAGAAACUGUGGGGUGGCUUGGAUAGUGAGAGACCACAACGGAGAUACCCUAUUUCACAGUAGACGAUCUUACUCUGCAAUCAGUUCAUCCCGAGAAACUCUUAAGUCUCUUGUGGGCCGUGGAAUCAUUGGCAUCCCUGAAUCAAUCGAACAUUAUAAUGGAGUCUUCAUGCGAACAAAUGGGAGAUGUAAUGCUCCAACCACUCUCUUUCCCCCAAUUCCAAGAUGUGAUAUCUCAAUUCUUCACUCACCUAAACUCUUUGGGAAUAUGGAGUUUGAAUCACUUCCAUAA